CUCUAGUUGGGCGGGGCUACGUGACGUCAUGAUUCACGCUUCCUGGUAGGCGGAGUCACGAGUUAGACUCUCACGGUACAUAGCUUGACCUCCUGAGCGUGUUGCCACGCCGCAUUGACACUUCGUUCCCGUUAGAUCAAAUUAAGCCUGAUGAUUUUCCAUAUUUCUGCUCGCUCCAGCCGACUGUUCCAGAAACAAACUUUGGCUGUGCGGAAAUUAUGGAAUUCAAAUUUCCACUCUCAGACGGCCCUGUGUGUUUUCUCUGGCCGUGGUGCUUCGUGCAAAUCACAUGAACGGGUAUCUGUUUCCACUGAAAAACUUCCUCAUGUGCCUGUCAUGCUGAAAGAGGUGCUUCAUUACUUGGACAUUAAACCAGGCCAGGUGGUCCUGGACAUGACAUUCGGUGGCGGCGGUCAUACCAAAGCAGUACUGGAUGCGGAUUCUGAUGUUACAAUCCUGGCCUUGGACCGAGAUCCCGCCGCAAUUUCCCUGGCCCAGCAGUUAGCCAAGGAACACCCUGGCCAAGUGAAACCAUUACUUGGACGAUUCAGCGAUCUUGAAGUCCUGCUGUCUAGCAUCAACGUUAGAGAGGGCAGUAUUGAUGCUGUCCUGUUGGAUGCUGGCUGCUCUUCCAUGCAAAUGGAUCAGGCAGAAAGAGGUUUCUCACUCAGCAAGGAUGGACCUUUAGACAUGAGGAUGGAUGGCGAGAGGUUCGCCGACAUGCCCUGUGCUGCUGACGUGGUGAAUACCUUAGAUCAACAGGCGCUCACUUCUAUCCUCACUGCAUACGGGGAGGAGAGGCACGCCUGGAAAAUAGCUUCAGCCAUUGUGAAGGCACGCCGGGUCAAGCCCAUCACCCGGACGCAGCAGCUGGCCAGUGUGGUAGCAGGAUCAUUUCCUGCCGCCGUUCUCUACGCACGGAAGGACCGACUCCAGAGACCUUCACACGUGGCCACUAAGACCUUUCAGGCUCUGCGCAUCUUUGUGAACGACGAGCUGAAGCAACUGCACGCCGGUCUGCACGCCGCCCAGAAAGCGCUCAGGUCUGGAGGACGUCUCUGCGUUAUCACGUUUCACUCAUUAGAGGACCGCCUGGUGAAACGCUUCCUUCGGGGUGAGGACUCGUCGAAUCUAGAUCCCAAUCCCUUGGACCUGGGGAAACGAGGCACGCGGACGGAGAAGUCCGUGGAGAGAAAAAGCGUAGGAGUUUAUUGGCAUUGUUUAGAAAAAAAGGUGAUCAUCCCGGAAAAAGAGGACAUGAAAGACAACCCUCGAGGACGCUCUGCAAAACUCAGAGUGGCAAUCAGAUGUUGAUUAUUUUCUAAGUUUUUUUUUCUAUCAAUGAUUUUGUCUUCUUCUUUAACUGCUUAAGUUUUACUAUAAGUAAUGCUGUAAUAAAUAAAGCUCUUUCAACUGUU